AUGCCAUAGAUACAUCAACUUACAAACAAAUCACAUUUCACGAAACGUCAAUAAUUUAGGUUACAGCAAACGAAAACAACAACAACAAUAAUACAAAAAUCUCAAACCUACGCCAAGUAAUUUAAUCACAUCUCAUCAAUCACAUUUCCUUAGCGCAUACAAAAACAAUGCGUCGCACAUCAAGUAUAUGCCGUGUCAGUCAUCCCACAACCCAACCAGCAGGCAGCUCAUCAACUGCCUCAAAAACGCCAGUAAAUAACCGCGCACAAAGCACCGACGACACCGAUCCGCAUGACAACACCGACAUACCGCGACGUGAGUCGCUGCACAAGCCCACGUGGCAAUACAAUAUCCCCGGGCAAUCGCAACCGAGCGCGGAUGCUGCAAAUGCGCCCAGCAAGGGUAUAAAUGUCACAUCAGACUCCGAUGAUGAAGAUGACGAGUAUCUGCGACGGCCAAGUAUUGUCAAGCAUCAUCACUACUAUCAGGAGAAGGAAGUGCAGCAGCAGUUGCAAUUACCGACAAAGCCGUUACAACAAUUGCGGCGUGCCAGUCUGCACAGUGGCGUUUGUUUCAACAAAGGCGCCAAAAAUAGCAGCAACACAAAAAUCACGCGACACCACACCAUUGCUAGUGCUGAUUUGAAGCCGUCAGCCGAUAGUACUAGUUCACCUAUGCGGCGUAAGGGUAGUCUGACACAUUCGACACAAGCAUUUGGUUUGAUGAUGCACAACAGUGGUGGGCUAUCGACGACCAGUAGCAACGUUUACAAUUCAACUGCUACAUGCCCCAAUCUUAGCAGAUCUAUGGAUGGUGCAACAUUUUGUAGAGAGGCCGGGCGUGCUCUAAUGCGUAUGGUUUCGUUGGGUACACAGCCGAAUGUGCAGGUGGCGCCUCCAACUAGCAACACCCGAACCUAUACUAAUGGUGAUGAGGAAUACGACAUAAUGGGAAAGGUGAUUAUGUUGGGCGAUUCGGGUGUUGGUAAAACGUGUCUGCUCAUACGAUUUUAUGAUGGAAAGUACAUGCCACAUUACUUCAUAACUACCGUUGGCAUUGAUUUUCGGAAUAAAGUUGUUGUUGUGGAUGGCACACGCGUUAAAUUGCAAAUUUGGGACACAGCGGGCCAGGAGCGUUUUCGCAGCGUCACACAUACCUACUAUCGCGAUGCACAUGCGCUUCUACUCUUAUAUGACGUCACCAAUAAAACCACUUACGACAACAUUCGCGCUUGGCUGGGCGAGAUCAGAGAUUAUACUCAGGACGAUGUUGUGAUUGUGCUUAUUGGAAAUAAGGCAGACUGCAGCAAUAGCGAACGACAAGUGAAACGUGAGGAUGGUGAACGUCUAGCACGCGAACACAAUGUACCCUUUAUGGAAACAUCGGCAAAAACAGGAUUGAAUGUAGAAUUGGCUUUCUCCGCUGUAGCCAGGCAAUUAAAGUGUCGCGGUACCGUCAAUGGCGAUGAUGGGAAAUUCAAUGUUCAUGAUUACGUACGCGAUAAUACACAAGCACGCACAAUGUGUGCGCAGUGCAAAUCGAUGUAGACAUUGUGGAGUUUGGGAUUCAUCACGAGUACAUACAUACAAACAUAAUUACUUGCCAAAAAUAUAUAAAUUAGAAGAGAAACUGAAACAAUUAAAUGUAUAAAAUAAAUAUUCAAAGCUUUACUAGUCGUCUUUUACUAUAUAGUAUAUACAUUUUUUACCUAUCCGUAGUAAUCUUUUAAUAAUUAAAGUUUACCUUUAAUAUUUUUCUUUUUCCGUUACAUUUGAAAUUUAUCUUACGUUCAAUCAAGAACCAUGCGAGCCAACUAUCUCGUAUAUCAUCGGUUAAUGAACAUGGAGCGCUAACCGGUACGCUUGUAAAGGGGAAACCAUUCAUUCAACUCUUUCGCAUAGGGGUAAUAAGUUCAUUGUAUGUAUUUAUUAGUUUCUCUGUCAAUUCUUUCAAUUUAUUGAAAUUACGGUAGUGUCAACUUUUUAGGUAAUUUUUAUAAAUUUAUAAUUAAAAAUUUCAUACUUUUUUUAGCUAAUUCAAAACAUCAUACAUGGCAAUAUUGUAAUCUUUGACAUUUAUGUGUCAUUUUGACAAUUGAACAAUUUACAUUCUGACGUUUAUCGUUUUCAUUGAACGUGCUUUCAUUUGAAACACAUGGUAUUUUGUUAAAUAUUUUCAAGUUUCUUAUUGUUUAUUAUAUCAAUAAUAGAAAAGUUGGCAAAAUGUCUGAAGUGUUUCACCGGCCUGGGCCGUUAAAACAGACUAAUAAAAGUCAUAAAACU